AUGGAUCUGAUCAAUUCUUCUGAUUACCUGCUCCAUAAUUCUACUUCGGGGAGAAACAGUACUCUCCUUCCAGAGCUUGUCAAAAUGAUCGCUGUCCCUUUAUUAUUCACAUCAUUUUUGAUUGGUACUAUCAUCAAUGGUCUCUACCUAUGGGUGUUAAGAUUCAAGAUGAAAAAGACGGUCAAUAUUCUCCUAUUUUUCCAUCUCAUCCUUUCAUACUUCGUGUCAGCAUUUACUCUGCCAUUUGUUGCCACCUCCUACCUUCAGAAUAAUCACUGGAGAUUUGGAACUGUCAUGUGCAAGGUUGUUAACAGCACUUUGUCCUUGGGGAUGUUCACCUCUGUUUUCUUCCUCUCGGCCAUCAGUGUAGAUCGUUACCUUCUAGUUCUUCAUCCAGUGUGGUCACAGCUGCACCGAACCCCACGAAGCGUGUCCAUCAUCAUCCUGGGAAUCUGGAUCUCUGCCAUGGCCCUCAGCAUGCCCUAUUUAUUUUUCAGAGAGACACAAGAAAAUGAUGACAAAACUGUGACCUGCCAAAAUAACUAUACGGUGUUUAUAAAUGGGGAACAUGAAAAGAUGAAAAUAUUAAGCGAAAAGAUUCACCUGGCCUGUUUCAUUGGCCGAUUCUUGGUGAGCUUUCUUCUGCCUUUCUUCAUCAUCACCUUUUGUUACGAAAGAAUCAGCAACAAGGUAAAAGAGAGGAGCUGGCUUAAGUCCAAUAAGCCCUUUAGAGUCAUGGUGACUGCCAUUAUCUCUUUUUUUGUGUGUUGGAUGCCCUACCAUAUAUACCAGGGCUUAAAACUCACUAGCAGUCAGUCACAGCUUUCACUGCUGUUUCUAAUAUUUACACUGAUAACCACUUCUUUCAAUUCUCUUUUUUCUCCCACACUUUACCUAUGUACUGGAGAGAACUUCAAAAAGAUUUUCAAGAAGUCCAUUCUUGCUCUGUUUGAGUCAACAUUCAAUGAGGAUUCCUCUGCAGAAAGGACACAAAAUGUAAAUUCAGAAGCUGACAUUUAA